AUGGCCAAUGUUGAGAGCGUGAAGGAUCAUAAAUUCGUGCGGAGUUUCAGUGAAAGAUUGGCUGCCGUUGAGGGCUGGUCAGUGCGCAAAGCUGAGCUUUUUUGGAACAAACUCCGGGAAAAGCGGCUCGCAGAAGUGGAAGCAGCUGAGGCAUGCCGAUGGCUUCGAGCUGCUGGAUUCCCUCAAUACGCCCAAAUGUAUGAAGAGGUGCAGUUCCCAUUAGAGCUCAAGAGUGCGGAGAAGGACCAUCCUUUCCUGGACUCCGAUGCCUUGGAGGCAUUGUAUCGACGGCUUGAAGUCCUCAACCGUUGUGCCAAAAUGAAGAUUGAUUACUCCGCAAAACCACAGGAGGAGAGUGAUGAGGAGGAUGGUGGUAGGGCUCUGAGCGGGAACUGGAAGUACGAGCGGGAAAGUCACCGUUGGACCCACGACCCACCGCUAUCCCUCCCUCUUAGCCCGAGUCAAAGUCAAGGUCAAGGUCACAUCCAGGUCAUUCAGGGUCGAAGGCAAGAGAGUUCACCUUCAUCGCCUAGGAGUCUAGAGAGCAUGGUGUCAAGUGACAGCAGCCCACGAAGUAUCCGUGGAAAUCACGAGGGUUUACCCCCAUCGCCAACGCAUCAUUUCCAGCCUCCGCCGUUCCGUCGUAGCAGCAGUGAACGAUUCAAAGACAGUGCCCGUGCGCUCAUUCGUCGCAUGGAUAGCUUCACCACCAGGAAGCGUAAGCAGGAGUAUCGAAACAUGCGCGUGAUCAGUGGUCCGAAGGUGAUCGACUUCGAGGUGAUGGAAGAGCGCAUGCGCCAACUGAAUUGUGUAGACAUAAGCCCCUCCGAUUGGUUGGCAAGCCACCAAUCGGGGAGUGGGAUAGGCGAACUUGGGGCAUGGCCGGUGAAUGGUGUUAACCAAUCAGGAGAGAGCUCUCAGGCGAAGGGUGCCCUCCGAUUGGCCCGUGAUUCUAGUCCGGUUUUGGCGCGAAAGCCAGUGGUGUACGCGAAAAAAUCCAGCAGUCCCCAGCUUUUGUCCUCUCCUCAGUUGGUCCGUGGAUGUCAGGAGAGCCAAGGGCCUGUGAAACCUGUGAUUCGAGCAUCCAGUUUCAACUCUGGACGGGACUCUCAGGCUUUGCGAGACAAACUCGCCCUCAACUUUAUGAAAGGAAGCCGGAGUGGACAUGGAACCCCGAUGGCUUCGCCAGUUGAGGAGGAUCGCCAAAGCAUCUAUGAUAAUAUUCCAAUAGUCAUCCUCAGUAGAGGAUCCUCGCCUGCUAAAGAUAUGAAUGGACCGCAAGAGGAUCAGUCUGGAUCAAGUGAGGCGACAUUGAACAGUUCGUGUGGCAGCAUGCCUCUGUCUCAAUCCCCCAGCUGUGAAGAUAUUCGCAAUGGGGCAUCAGUGGUGAGAUGGCACAGCUUCCAGAGAGGAUCUCUGUCGUCCCCGUUCUCAUUACCGCCUGAUACCGUGAGUAUCCAAUCUUUAGCCGUUGGACAGUUCCUUGUGCUGAGGAAGGCUGCCCUCCUCAGACUCACUGCCAUUCUGGAAAAACAUUCCUCCUCCUUCCACAACUCUGGCUUCUCUUGGGACUGGCCCAAACUCAUCCGCAAGAUCCGACCACCCGACUACAAAGACAAGAGUGUUUUCGGAGUUCCACUGCAUGUGGUGAUGCAGCAGACGGGUUAUGCUCUUCCUCCUGCGAUCCUGAGGGCUUUAGACUUCUUGCGCAAGGCUUCUGUGGAUGCCGUCGGAAUUUUUCGCAAACCAGGAGUUCGUUCCCGCAUCGAGAAACUCAAACUUUUGUGCGAGGCUGAGGGUGAAGCCAUCAACUUUGAUGGUCAGCAGCCCUAUGAUGUGGCUGAUUUGGUGAAACAGUAUUUCCGGGACCUUCCUGAACCCCUACUUACCAACAAACUCUCAGAAACAUUCCUGGAUAUCUUUCAAUAUGUACCUGAAGAUUUGAGAGGAGAUGCAACGAGAUGCUGCCUCCUCCUCAUGCCGGACGAGAAUCGGGAGGCGCUGUUCACCUUGUUAACGUUCCUGGAUCAAGUCGCUUACAUGUCGUCCAGCAACCAGAUGACGAGUGGAAACCUGGCUGUCUGCCUCGCCCCGUCUCUCUUCCGCCUGGGUACUAGUCAGCGUGGUGGGAGUCCGUCGCCCCGCCGGAUGCCCACCAAACAACCUGUGAUCCCCGGGAUACCUGAUCACCGGGAUCUCUGCCAGCAGAAGGCAGCUCAUCACUGUCUCGCCUUCCUCAUCAAGGAAUCCCAUCAAAUCUUCUCUGUUCCGCCAUCACUGUUGUCCCAGUGUGAAUUUAGUUACAUGGACCUGAGCCAGCCAGUAAAUUUGCAGUCAUUGGGUCAAGACAUGAAGGGGAACUGGGAAUCCUACAUGGAUGCCUGCAUUUCAGGGCUCCUCAAAGAGGUCAAGGACGGGUACGCCAUGAGCAAGUACGCGAGAUGGGUAAAUGUAUCGACUGGCGUGAACGGCGUGGAAGUGUCUUACAAGAAAGUGGGUGAUGACCAUCCGCUGAGAUUGUGGAAAGUCACCACUGACAUCACUGCUCCUCCUGAAGUCAUCAUGGAGAGAAUACUCCGGCACCGAGGGUUGUGGGACCCACACAUAUUCAAAUGGAAGAAUGUGGCCGUACUGGCUCACAACGCUGAUGUCUUUCACUAUGUAUCUGCAUCCAUGGAACCUCAUCCGCUACGGGAUUUCCUCGUCCUCAGGUAUUGGAAGAAGGAGUUAGGGCCGAAGAACAGCUACGCAAUAGUUGAGACGUCAGUGGAACACUACAAUGCCCUGAGCCUGAACGGUUCGGUGCGAGGCGUGGUCCUCGCGUCUCGGUUCCUCAUCGAACCUUGCGGCUCUGGCAAGACUCGCGUCUCACACCUCUCUCGGAUUGAAAUCAAAGGCCGAAGUGUGGAAUGGUAUCAGAAGAGCUAUGGCCAUACAGUGGGACUCCAGUUGGCCAGACUCAGGGACAGUUUCCUUCUCAGUGUGGACGGACCCGAAAGCAAAGUCUGAUCUCGGCUCUCCAUCCAGGAAGCCCAAGGGCUCCUCACGUGACUGUGAUGGCUUUCAUAUUCUCCUCCCAGUUCCCUCACGGUUUGGUUUUCAUGUCUAAUUCCUUUAAAUGAUACAAGAAACAAGGGUGAUAUUCUUAAUGCUCCUUGUUAAAUACCUGUCCUCACUGUAAAUUGGGCCAAAUUCUACUGAGGAAGUGUUCAGAAAGUCAGAAUCAAGCAAGACAUAUAUGUAUUUUUUCUUCUCAAGCUCGAUAUGUGUAAUGAAAUUUUACAUUUUCAGUGUGCAAAAGGUUGAGCUGUUUGUAUUUUGUCGCACUAAUGGAUUUUUCACCAACAGAGCUACUCUAGUCGCCUAUAUGAUGAAAAACGUCGCUGCACCCGGGUGAUAUAUUUACACGUACUGGUAUUUCAAAGAUUUUUAAAUUUAAAGAUUAAAAGAUUUAAAAUUCCUUUUGGAUUUGAUGUGGUUUACUCUUGGCGCGCAGGUGCUUCCUGGUACUUCUGUGUCAUGUACAUUCCGCCCAACCGUAUUGAGGAAAAUGUUGCUCUGCCUGUUUUAUUUUUAUUUCUUGGCACAUGGCAGAAAGAGCUUACAAGGAUGUAUCAGUGUUUUUUCUUGUCAAUUGGGUGAUCCAUGCCUAUUUUUUUUACAUGUUUCUGUGAAUGAAAGUUUGUGCUGUUCAGGAA